AUGAUAAAAAUUUUGUUAUUUCAGGCAUUAUUACAAACGUAUGAUGUAAUAGCUCAAGAAGUUUAUGGCCCUGAAGCUAUUCGUGUCACUCCACCACCAUUGUCAUCAUUUUUAAAUGGUGAUGAAGAUGAUCAUAUGGAAUCAGAUACAGAUCAACCACAAGUAACACGUGUACGUUUGGUACAAUUUCAAAAGAAUACAGAUGAACCAAUGGCUCGUUUAUGGGGUUCGGAUUGUCAAGCACCAGCGGGUUUAAUUCCUAGUCCAGAAUUACAAGAAUGGCGUAUGGCAAAUAAGGCAGCUGAAUUAUCACGUGAAAUGGGUAUUACACAUUGUGGUGCAUGGUUUAAACGUCGUAAACGUCAUUUUAAAGAUAAAUACAAAAAUAAACAUUCAGCUAUUUAUGAUCAAUUAGAUUUAGUUACUUAUGAAGAAGUUGUCAGAUUACCACAAUUUCGUCGUAGAACAUUAGUAUUACUUGGUGCACAUGGUGUUGGACGACGUCAUAUUAAAAAUUGUUUAAUUCAAUCAUCACCGGAUAAAUUUGCAUAUCCUAUUCCUCAUUUAAGUGAUGAUGAAAAAACUCGUACACCACGUAAAGAUGAAGUGAAUGGAAAAAAUUAUUACUUUAUUUCACAUGAUGAAAUGAUACGUGAUAUUGCUAAUAAUGAAUACUUAGAAUAUGGUUCACAUGAAGGAGCAAUGUAUGGUACAAAAUUGGAUACAAUAAGACAAAUACAUGUAACUAGUUUAAUUGCUAUAUUGGAUGUUGAACCACAAGCAUUGAAAAUAUUACGUACUGCUGAAUUUGCUCCAUGUAUUGUAUUCAUUGCAGCUCCAACUCUCACUAAUAUCACUAAUGGACAGAAUAAUAACAAUAAUAAUAACAAUAAUGGUAAUGAUAAUGUAAGUUGCGUAACAUCAUUUUUACAAACGGAUUUAUAA